UAGAGAUCUUGCUCGCGGUCUCGGCAAGAACACGGGCUGCUGUAGGCCUUUUCUCAUUGAGUCAGUCAGUCAGUCAGUCAGUUUGCCGCAGAGACGCGGUCCGUACGCACGUGUGAAUACAUGUCUUGUUGUCUUAACAUUACGUGAUCGUAUGGUUGCGUUAUCGACAGAGUCAGAAAGCAGCGGUGAAGCAUCGGCGAAAUUGGUCGUCGGUCAACCGGUCGGUCGUUUUCUCGAUCGCGAGAGUUGAUCCCCACUGAAGCUUCACAUUGGUCUCUGGUUGUGUCAGCUCAUUAGAUUGCGUGCGUGAGAACGUGCUUGUUCAUCUCAAGUCUCGCCGUGAAAUCCUGAAUUUCACGCAUCAAAUUGUGGCGUGUUCCAUCGACCUGCACAUCGAAUCACAAGUGGUGAUUCACACACAAACAAGUGGAACAGAACUAUAGAGAGGGAUAGAUUUACGUAGCCACAAGGGGGCUAGUCAUAAACCGUGCAACACCUGGCGGCACGUCGUUAAUUAUGCAGUGGGCCGCAGCCGCCCUGGCCUCGGCGGCUAUCGCUCUGCUUCUGGACACGGCGGCCGCAAGGCAUCACCAUCGUUCUGGCAAUGGACACAAACCAACCGGUGACAUUUCUCUCUGGAUCGAUCAGCAACAGAUCAAAAUGUUCAGCGGAGUUGAAAUGGAAAUAUUUGCAAUUACGGAAGGUAGAGUCUUACCUUAUCUAUUGGAUCCAGAAUUCGAAAGUAAACUUCCAAUUAUUCCGAGUGAAGUAACAUAUGUGAAUUUUACAUGGAAAUCGGGUGUAAAAAAAUAUUAUUAUAAUUUUUAUCGAUUAAAAUCUUUCGACGAAACAAUUCUGAAAACUCCAUAUAUUACAAUCAAAACGCAAGGAAGAGUACCUAAAAGACCUAAGGAAUUUAGCGUCUUAUUACCCUGUUCCGGUAAUAAUUCGGGCAUUGCGCAAUUGGGCAUCGGUCUGAUGAUUGAGACACGUAAGGGGAAACCUUUAAAUGGGACACCCCUUCGUCUUAACCUGAGAAAAGAAUGCACCGUGCGCGAACCUAAUCCUGGACCUUGUCCAGAUGGAUAUUUAGGUCCACCUCAUUGUAAGAAGGCAUUGUGUUAUCCAAACUGUAUGAAUGGUGGUAAUUGUACAGCACCUGGUGUUUGUUCAUGUCCACCAGGAUUUCAAGGACCAUACUGUGAAGGAGGUAUAUGUGCAGAAAAAUGUUUAAAUGGAGGAAAAUGUGUACAGAAAGAUACUUGUGAAUGUCCAAAAGGUUAUUUUGGAUUACAUUGUGAAUUUUCAAAGUGUGUAAUACCCUGUUUAAAUGGAGGAAAAUGCAAAGGGAAUAAUGUAUGUAGAUGUCCUGCUGGUUUUAAAGGUGAUCAUUGUGAAAUUGGUAGACGAUCUCCACAACGUUCAGCGUGCACAAGAGCAUGCAGAAAUGGGACUUGUCAACCUGAUAAUACAUGUCUUUGUGAACCUGGUUGGUUUGGAAAGUUGUGCAAUAAAAAUAAGCCAUGGGCUUGAAAGUAGAAGCAAUUUUCCACUGAUGGUAUUAUUUAUAACCAAUUGGAUUAACAUAAAAAUUUCUUAUUUAAUGUCUUAUAACUUUGAAUUCUAUUUACAUGAUGUUCAUUCAUUUCACUUUAAACCUCGCAUUUAAUUUUUAUAUUAUAUUAUAUUUUUUUUAGAUAAAAAAUGAUGAAUCGCUAAUUUUAUGAUUGUUUUAUAAAUUAAAUAACAAUAAUUUUAAAAUCCAAUUGGUUAAUACCACUAAACUAAUAUUUAGUUAGUAAUUUACCCUACCCCAGAUGUGAUAUGUAAAGCUGCUUUACAACAUUUUAUACUAUUAAAUAUUAUUUUUAAAUAAUAUACUUUUAUAUUGUUAGAUUUAUGUAAUGAUUGUAAAGAAUAUAUAUACAAAAUAUAUUUUCUCUCUUAUAAUUAA